UUUGUGAUAGUGCAUACAAUGAAGACCUUCAUCGCUGUAUUAUUCCUGACAGCUUCGGUUCUUGGAGAACCAAGCAAAGUAGUUCAGAAGCGCAGUGGCUUAGUCGGCCACUACGGAGGCCUUUACGGCGGUCAUGGCUAUGGUCUGGGAGGAUAUGGCCUCGGUGGGGGAUAUAUAGGCUCUGGGUAUGGCCUGGGCUCUGGUCUAGCCGCUGGGUAUAGCCUCGGCUCUGGUAUUGGUAUCGGAUCGGGUACAAUAGUUGGAGCUGAUGUCCACACCACAGUAACGAAGCAUGUUGGUGUACCAGUACCAGCCCCGUACCCUGUAGCUGUUGAUAGACCUGUUGCUGUACCUGUUAAGGUGGCCGUGCCAGUCCCAGUGGACCGGCCAUACGCAGUCCCCGUACCAAGGCCUUACCCUGUAGCUGUUGAUAGACCAGUUGCAGUACCAGUGGACAGACCUGUCCCGUAUCCAGUACCACAUGCCGUGCCCGUACCAAUAGUUAAACAAGUUGGCGUGCCAGUACCUGCGCCUUACCCCGUCGCCGUGCCAAAGCCUGUAGCCGUGCCAGUCCCACACCCAGUUGGCGUGCCAGUCUAUAAAUCUCUCAUCUCUCCUGCCUACUCGUCCGGUUACUCGUCGGGCUAUCUGUCUUCAGGUUACCACGGCUCUCUCCACGAUAUCCACCACAAGAUCUGGUAAAAAUUGAAAAUUCAGUUAUCUCGCCAGAUUAAAAUAAUGAGACUGAAUUUUUGAUAACUGAGUGUUCAAGGCAUAAAGUAUAUAGUCACUUCGGUGUGAUUUAGUUUAUGAGUAGAUAUAAUAUUUUUAAUUAUGGGGUGUAUUUGAAUUUAGAGCUUAUUAAAGUAUUUUGUUUAGAUAAAAUCGGAUAUAAUUCUUACCCAAUUUUGCCACAUAAAAUUUGACUAGCAGCAAGUUUAAAAAUGUAAAAAUUACGUUGAAAUUUGGUUUAUAAAGUGUGUUUUUAUAUAUUUUUAUAUGUUGGUAAUAUAUAUUUUGAAUGUAUUUUAUUAGCAUUGAUCUCGUAAAUGAGAUGUAAUAUGUACCUGGCUUUUUACUUUUGUAAAUAUUUGUAUUAUUUAGUUGUAAGCUAUGUUUAUUUUCUCCGCAGUCGACUAAAAACUAUUUUGAACGAUUUUUGCAAUAAAAAUAAAAUAAUUU